AAUACGCCGAUGCAACUGUCCGUCGCAGUUUGCUUUGCCAGCCUUUCCCGUGGUCCCUAUCCUACUUGCUUCGAUCGAGGAGGAGGAGGAGCUGGUGGAGACGGUAAUUGAGGCUUUGGUCGUUCGAGCGGACCUACAGCUCGACCAGUGAACCUCAGGGGGAAGUGUACUGAUCAGCUGCUCGAGCUCAACUGCGAAAUCGCGUCUUCUGCUGGGAGCGGGGGGUUGGUUAGUGACGGUAUGUUUGGCCGUGGUGUAGCAAUUCAGUGGAUGCGAGGACGUUUGAGAGCGAAAUGCUGCGUGUUAUGGAGGGCGAGGGAAAAGGAAGCAUGGAUCUUCAAUCGGAUUACUAGUUUGUGGCAAGGAAGUUUGACUGUGAUGAAGGCUAAAGGCCAAGAGAAGUAAGUCUCUUAGGAGGUAGUGUCGAAAAGAUUUACAAUGAAAGGCAUUGCAGCUGAUGUGACAUUGUCGCGGACCGGUUUCCAUGACCAAGACGACGACACAGAGUCUCCGUCGAAAGUUGUUGUAGCCCAGGAAGCUGUGGAGCUUGAAAAGCUACAACGACGACUGUCGGUUCGCGAUCUUGCAACACAAUUUGAGAACGGGCAAGCGGCUGCUACAGCAGCCGCUGCUAAAUUGGCCGACGAAGCGGUAGCGGUUCUUUCAAUCUGCAAUAAAAGCCCUAGUCCGGUGAAGGCCGAUAUUAAACGACGAUUGUCCGGUGGCCAUCAAUGCUCACAUGGUCAUUCCCAUGGUCACUCCCAUGGUCAUUCGCACGGCAAUAGCCCCGAUUCGAAGGUCAAGAGUCCUGGUGAUGGAGCUCCAGUUUUUCGAAGUUCUUUCAGGCGCACCAGUGGAAAUAUCCGAGAAUGUGAAAGGCACAAGGUGCAGGAAGUGAUGGUAUUGGAUAGGACAGCACUGACGAAGAAGUUGAGAGUUCUGCUCAGCGAGCUUGCUGGCCGUGUUGCUGGGAGAAACAAAGAUGACGUUACCGAAGCUCUUGCCAUUAUUGAAGCGAUGGAUUUGCAAUGGAUACAAAAAGAAAAUGAAUUGGCCCAAGAGAAGGCCGAUUUAAAAAAGACGGCAGCCUUAUUUAAACAGGCAUCAGAUGAUGCUAGAAGGAUGGUGGAGGAAGCUCGAGCAAACGCGCAGGCCGAAGUAGAGGCUGCGCAGGCCGCAGUUCUUCGGGUGGAGGCUGCUCUCGAAGAGCAAACGCAGUCCUUAAGUAUUGCCGAGAAAGAGGAGCUCGAGAUGAUGAGAAAGGAAAUCAAUGAAGCGCGGAGAAUAAAGAUGCUUCAUGAGCCUAGCAAGACAAUGGAUAUGGAGUGUGAGAUUGAAGGGUUGCGACAAGGAUUGUCUCAAAAGUCCGUUGAAAUUGUACAACUGCGCAAAGAGUUGCUAGCAGCAAAAAGGGCAGGGCAGACAGGCCAUUACGAGCUGCAAGGCGAAGAACGCCUUGGAGGUGCCUUGGCCAUCACACAAAUUAAUGAGGGGGCAGUGGAUGUGAGCAAAUGCAUUAUCCAAUGGCACCGUAUUGCUGUUGAUGGAAGCAAAGGCGGACCAAUUACUGGUGCCACCAGGCCCCAAUAUGCACCAGAACCUCUUGAUGUCGGUUGGCUACUACGAGCUGAUUUGACUAUGCCAGACGAAAAAAAAGAAUCCAUUUUUACAACUGGUCCUCUAGAUGCUGCUCCCGGGCUUGGAAAUUAUGUAGAGGCUUUGUUCAAGAAAGGCAGUUCAGAGUUUAAUAUUAGGUUGGUCCAGCAAAAUGGAGAGGUAUUGGAAAAGCCGCUACAUCGUGUGAUGCUUAUUGAUCGGACGCGGAUUAAGCUUUAUAAAGGCCGCAAAACAAUCGCUAAGGAAGAGUAUACGUCAAUAAUUCAGCUAUGUGGAGCGCGUGGUGGGGGUCAAGCAGCCUCCCGAGCCUUAUAUUGGGUUGCCAAUAAGGGUCUCAGCUUGAUGCUUGUCUUGGAUUCUGAAAGAGAACGGAAUGCCGCUAUUUUAUUGGCGAGGCGAUUUGCUCGAGACCAAAAUGUAACACUAUUUGGACCUGAUGAUGGGAUUUCAGUUUCGAAAAUAUCUGGACGUCUUCCUUGAUUUCCUAUGUCAUUCAAUCAAGAUCUGCAUUGAUGGGUAGACUGUAUAUCCAGGUGGUAUCUGGAUGAAGUUGCACCCUUUGCGACUCGUUCGACAUUCUUUUGCCAUUGGACUGGUAUCAAAUAGUUCUGGGCGCAGGACCUCUAGGAUCCUCCUAAUCGCUUCGUUUAGAGUAAAUCACAUUCAGUUAUAAGCGACACUACAUGUCCAUGCGAACAUUCCCCUAUUUUACUUGACUGUCUGUUUGUGUUGAUAUACUCGAAAGUAAUGAAACACUUUCUUACUCCGUGAAAAUCAUGAUGCUUUGAAGAUUGAA